AAAGGCACCUAGAGUCUCCCACCCACUGCCACCUCCCCUCUCUCCUGACCUACUCUGGGUGGGGCGGUCACACAUCGAUUGGCUUCCUACAUAAUAGAUCCUGCCACCAGUGGGGACCUCUGGGGAAGCGCAGGGAGCUGGAAGAGUCGCAGUCAGCAGCCCAACCCUGAGUUAAUCAAACUAGCAACAGGAUCUCAAGCAGCAGCGACACAGUGGCAAGAGUAGCGGUGGCGGCGGCGGGAUGCGUGGUUACUGACAGGCACCAGCUGCUGCGGCACAGCCACUCCAGCGAUGUGGCCUCUCGGCUCGGGAGGCAGAUUCCUGGCUAAUCCCGGAGGGCUGGCCCAGCCCGGGCUCCCGGCGCGGCCAGGGGGCUAUGAGCACUCCUGUUAGCCCAAGUUGGAGGAAGCCCUCUCCGCCCAGAGCUGGCAGAAGCUGUGACAUUUCGCAGACGCACGAGAGGACUAUGAACUGAGGAUAAACAUGUACGGAAAUUAUUCCCACUUCAUGAAGUUUCCCACCGGCUUUGGCGGUUCCCCUGGCCACUCCAGCGCCACGUCCCUGAGCCCGUCGGCAGCCCUGUCCACAGGGAAGCCCAUGGAUAGUCACCCCAGCUACACGGACACCCCAGUGAGCGCCCCGCGGACUCUGAGUGUGGUGGGGACCCCUCUCAAUGCCCUGGGUUCUCCGUACCGAGUCAUCACUUCUGCCAUGGGCCCACCCUCAGGAGCACUGGCAGCCCCUCCCGGGAUCAAUCUGGUUGUCCCACCCAGCUCUCAGCUAAAUGUGGUCAACAGCGUCAGUAUUUCAGAGGACAUCAAGCCUUUACCGGGGCUCCCUGGGAUUGGAAACAUGAACUACCCAACCACUAGCCCUGGAUCUCUGGUUAAGCACAUCUGUGCCAUCUGUGGGGACAGGUCCUCAGGGAAGCACUAUGGUGUGUACAGUUGUGAAGGCUGCAAAGGGUUCUUCAAGAGAACCAUCCGGAAGGACCUUGUCUACACAUGUCGGGACAACAAGGACUGUCUCAUUGACAAGCGCCAGCGCAACCGCUGCCAGUACUGUCGCUACCAGAAGUGCCUUGUCAUGGGCAUGAAGCGAGAAGCUGUGCAAGAAGAAAGGCAGAGGAGCCGGGAGCGGGCUGAGAGUGAGGCAGAAUGUGCCAGUAGCAGCCAUGAGGAUAUGCCUGUGGAGAGGAUUCUAGAAGCUGAACUUGCUGUUGAACCAAAGACAGAAUCCUAUGGUGACAUGAACAUGGAGAACUCGGUAUGUGCUCUGGAACCUCCACCCACCUCCCAUCUCCUGGACGGGACUGGAGAUGGAGCAGGGUGUAUUGCAACUCCAGAAUCAUGCCUCAAUGUGCUUUUGUUCCUUUCUCAGACAAAUGACCCUGUCACCAACAUAUGCCAUGCUGCGGACAAACAGCUUUUCACUCUCGUGGAGUGGGCCAAGCGUAUCCCCCACUUCUCAGAUCUCACCUUGGAGGACCAGGUCAUUCUGCUUCGGGCAGGCUGGAAUGAGUUGCUGAUCGCUUCCUUCUCCCACCGCUCCGUCUCUGUGCAGGAUGGCAUCCUCCUGGCCACGGGCUUACAUGUGCACCGGAGCAGCGCCCACAGCGCCGGAGUUGGCUCCAUCUUUGACAGAGUUCUGACUGAGCUUGUCUCCAAAAUGAAAGACAUGCAGAUGGAUAAGUCGGAGCUUGGGUGCCUGCGCGCCAUUGUGCUGUUCAACCCAGAUGCCAAGGGUCUGUCCAACCCCUCUGAGGUGGAGACUCUGCGUGAGAAGGUUUACGCCACCCUGGAGGCCUACACCAAGCAGAAGUAUCCAGAACAACCAGGCAGGUUUGCCAAACUGCUGCUGCGUCUCCCUGCCCUGCGCUCCAUUGGCCUGAAAUGCCUGGAGCACCUCUUCUUCUUCAAGCUUAUUGGGGACACGCCCAUCGACACCUUCCUCAUGGAGAUGUUGGAGACCCCACUGCAGAUCACCUGAGCCCCAGCAGCCGCUGCAUCCCAGCUGGGACCACCCUGGGCAGGUGUGUGUGGACCCCACCUUGCACACAACCCUCCACUUCCCACCCCGACCCCCUUCCUCUUCCCAAAAUGUGAUGCUUCUAAUAAAGAAACUUUCUACACAUGCAACUUUUAUAGGUGGAGUUUUGUAUAAAUGUGGAAGGUAACCUCUGUUUGCAAGGGUUGGGGGCUCAUUCUGGAAGUUCUUGGGAAAACUAGCCAAGCCUCUGUACAUAUUUGGUUUAAAUUAUUUUUUCACUUGCCAUGGAAA